UUUGUGUGUCAUCAUAGGUUAGUUUGAUAUGGUACUGGGUUAAGAUUCAUUAAUGGCAGGUCAAUUGUAUGAUGAAGUUUAUUACCACGGUCCUAUUUCCCGUUCUGAAGCUACAGAGUUGGUGAAAGGGCAAGUUGAUGGCUCGUUUUUGUUGAGGAAAAGUUUAAGGGAACCUGAUGGUUAUGCUAUAUCCGUGUCUUACCAAGGCAGCGUGCUACAUUACAGCAUACAACACUCAACAGUAAGUGGAUGGUAUAGUGUUAAUAAAGGCAGUGAGCACCCUUCACCGCAAGCACUUUGCAAAUAUUACAUGCAAGAAAAAGGUGGAUUAAAAACAAAACUUUUGUGGCCUAUAAAAGUGGCCUCUUCACCACCACCGCAAACCCCACCCCACUCACCACAAUAUCAGCAGCCCUUGCCUCCAUUACCACAAGUAAGGCCAGGUAGAAGUGGUUCAACUGUAAGCUAUGAAGAGCAAGAAUGGUAUCAUGGGGAAAUAACGAGGCAAGAAGACGCUGUUCGACUUUCUCAUUCUUAUCGUGAAUUAAACAAAAAUGGAAUAUAUCUUAUUCGGUUUAAAGAAAAUGGAGUUUUUGUUCUUAGUGUAGUGAACGAUAAGAAAGUACACAGAUAUAAAAUACUCCAGAAUACUUCCAACCUUAAGUAUUCAAUCAAUGGAAAACCUCCAGAGUUUUUAUCAUUAGAACAACUUAUUCAAUUUCAUGAGGAGCAGCCACCGGAGAUUUCUCAUCUUCAUUGUAGAUUAACACUCCCUUGCAAGAGAAGCACUUCUGCAUCAGUUAUUCCACAAAACUGCUUUAAACACCUGGUCUCUCAACAGCAAAGAACAAAUUCCCACAACGCAUCGAGCAAAAGAUUGUCAGGAUUCGCCUCGGCACUUGCUGCUGAAUUUAAGUCUCUACUGCCAGCUAAUGGCCUUGAUGUGAACUGGUCGGAAAAUCCGCACCAACUAAACUUGUCGGAAAAUCCUGUCUCUCAACGGCCACAGUCAAGUCUAAAUGGAAAGGUUGGAAAACCAGUAAUGGAUAGGUUCAGCAGGUCAUCACUGCCUAAAGAUUCAAUUGGGUACAAAAGUCCUUACAUGAACUUUAGUGACAAGUCGAGUCUUGCCCCUGAUCUGUACAUUACAACAGAUAAACUAAUCAUAAGAGGUGAUAUUGGAAAAGGUCAUUUUGGCGCUGUAAAAGUUGGUGAGUGUAAAAUAAUGGGUUCAUUUGUCCCAUGUGCUGUUAAGAAUCUAACAGGUUCAGAUAUAGAAACAAAUAAAAAUGAUCUUUUGAAAGAGGCAAAGCUCAUGCAGCAGUUUGAUCAUCCUUAUAUUGUUCGUCUUCUUGCUAUCUGUGAUGCCAUGGAAUCUUCUGGAAGUCUGAUGCUGGUUAUGGAGCUUGCACCUCUUGGUUCUUUAAAAGAUUUUUUAUCCCAGCACAAUGAAAAGUCUUUUCCAGAAGAGCGACUUUUGGUUUUAAUGAACCAAGUAUGUGAUGGAAUGGCUUACCUGUCGGGCAAGAAUAUAGUGCAUAGGGAUCUGGCAGCAAGGAACAUACUUCUUGUGACGGAAAACUUUGCAAAGAUAUCUGACUUUGGAAUGUCACGAAUAUUUCUUGAAUCUGAUAACUACUACAAAGCAAGUCAGCCAGGGACAUGGCCUUUGCGUUGGUAUGCACCUGAAGCUCUCCUGUAUUACAAGUUUACAAGCAAAGGUGAAAUCUGGAGUUUUGGGGUGACUUUGUGGGAAGUUUUCUCUUAUGGAAGUCGACCAUAUUCAGGUUUAAAGGGCAGGGAGAUCUUAGCCAUGUUGGAAGGAGGAAAAAGACUUGAAUGCCCGUGUGGGUGCUCACCUGGUGUGUAUACCAUCAUGCUACAAUGUUGGGCAUAUGAUCCUGAAGAUAGACCUACUUUUAAUGAUCUACUCUUGCAGUUUAAAGUUUUCAUAGGUUAACUGCAGUACCCUAUUGUGGAGAGAUCUUGUUAAAAAGUUCAGUAGCCUAUUAAACAAAAGUACUGUGUAGUACGUACAACUGUAAAAACUGUUUUUCUUUGUGUAUGUUUUAACCCUUUGUCUUCAUGCCACCAUGUUCUUCAUUAUAACAGCCUAUUUUUUUCAUAGUACAAUUUAUCAUGCUUUACAGUUAGAGUAAAACAAUAUGCCAGUACCUAUUACCGAAUGCCAAAAUGUGCAAAGUGUGGACCUGUAAGUUGUAACACGUAUUAUAGUUUUAGUAUUUGUAGUAAGAGUAGACAUGCCUUUACUAACAAUUUUUAGGUGUCCUUUAUCACCUAUAACUGCAGGUUUAUCAUUAUGUAUUUAUAAUUCCACAUUGCAAUUUCACUAUUACUUUUUCACUAUGAGUGCCUUAUACAAUAUGAAAUGUAUAUAUAAUACAAUAGUUUUUAUGUAAAGAUACUCCAUACUAAUAUUCUCAACUAUGCAUUGUCAAGAUACGUAUAUUAGGUUUACUUUUUUGCAGUUAUAAUGUAUGGUACAAUUUUGUUUCUAGUUACCUAUCUUGCAAUUUUAUAUUCUGUGACAAUUACUGAAGCAUAAUUCCCUGUAUUAACACAUUAAAAGUAUUAAAAUUUAAUAUACGGCAGUUACCAAUUGCAGUUACUGAUUUUAUAGGCCUCGUCAUUUUACCACGAUGCAGAUUGUUUUAACAAUAUUCAAUAUUUAUUUUUUAUUUAAUAUUUUUUUUUUCUGGCAAGUUAUCUUUCUCUAAUGAGCCCAACCUUUAAAAAAGAUUUGUUAAAACAUGGGCUAUCAAACUAAAUACUCUAGGGCAGCUUUUUUAGAUUUACAUUAGAAUUAGCAUAGUUUAUAGUUUUAUGUAUAUUGUUUAAGUCUUAUAUGGUCUUCUUCGGUUUGUGGAAAACACGUAAUUUUUGUAUCACAUUGUUUCAUUGGUACUUGCUUAUUAUUCUUCAUUGCCAAGUUUCAAUCGCUGCAAUUAAUUCUAGAAAAA